ACCUGACUCCAUAACUCCACUACUAAAAGACAGGUCAGAUGGCAGCGAUCUUCUUUACUUCCAACACCUCUGCACGGCAAUUCAAACCCUUUCCCCUGUUUUCCUUGCCAACCCCUGGCUAAGUGUCGAGUGUUUUUUUCAGCUUGAUAUCCGAGGAUCAGCAAUGGACGCACAGUUGAUAGAUUCAGCUCAGUGGGGCAAAUUGCCAUUUGACCUCUUCGUACUAGAGAAAUGGGAUCCGAGCUCCACCGAAGAUGCCCGCGCGCAAGGCGCUCGUCUGGCCAUAGAUUAUGUCAAAUUGGGUCUCCGUGGAAGACAGCCUUACCAUGAAGCCAUCCGCGAAGGGCGUUUCGCGUCACCAACCCAGACGCAAAUUGAGACCAUCUUGGAGCCAAUGCAGACCAUACGAGAACGUAAUUUAAGCUCUACUAUCCACAAGGACAAAUCUAUCUGGCUGCGCACUUGCUACGAGAAUGGAUCGGAUGCUAAGCACGCGGAGCUUUUAUCCAGUCUGAAACAACCAAUUGAGGAAAUCACUAAUGGCAGAGGUCAUGAGUGUCUAUUUGACGAUAUGACCUUGUAUGAUUAUGGGUCGCACUGGGAUCGAAUCUUCACACGCUUCCCCGAGCUAGUCGCUGAUCCAUUUGCUGACCUUGACCGAAAAGAGAAGAAGACUCGCGAUGCUCGCGCCGAGGCUCUCCGCGAGUGGAAAGAAGAGGAGGUCGAUGAGUUGGAUUAUGAAGCCUUCCUCCACUACCACGUCACGGCACAUUUCUUUGUGGAAGAUCGCGAAACAUUGUUCGGCAAUGGCCGGAUGCUAAUUGUCUGGCUUGACGAUCAAGGCCGCGUCGUGCGAGAAACGCGCAUUGAUACGACCGAGCAGUUGUACGAGGUGUUUGGUCUCUGUUCGGACGGCAGCAUCUAUGAAUGCAGCGGCACGUGGCUUGAUGGUGAGGUGGGGCCGGCUUAUCAGCAUGACGGCGAAUUAGGCUUGCUCUCCGCGGAGGAGUGUUGAAAAAUUACAUCUCUCUCAUUAACACAAACAGAUGGCUGCAGCCUUGCUACGAAAGUCGUCGGUCCGUCAAAAAUCGUGUGCUCGGCCGAAAACAAAUACAGACUUCCCAUUAGCUUAUACAACAUAAAAAGAAAAUGAAAUUUUUUUUCUGAGCCCCAC